AUGAAUUCUGAUCAUGAAAAUAAGCGACAAAUUCCUAAACUGAAGUUGGAAUUACCUGUCUCGCGUCUGAAUCGGAGUCGUAGCAACGACUUCGAUACAACGUUAUGUGGCUUUAGAAAGCGGCAUUCGAAAAGUUAUUCACAAGAUUCCAUAACUUUCGGUGUUAAUGGUAACAAACAAAAUGGGAUUCUUGAUGAACAAAGUAGCGAUUUAUAUUUUCAGAGACUAUGUACACUCCCGCCUUCAGAGCAUCUUCCAAUGAGGGAUAUAUCACUUAGAGAAGCUGGUCGAAAUAUUUUAUAUGCAUUUUCCCAAGUGCAUAAAGCUUUGAGGCAAUUUAUAAGAUUCACUGGAAACGAAAGAAUCUUCGCACUCGAACUUAACAAGGCAGGAACCUUAAUAACACAGUUGAGCGCGGCAUUACAAAGAUUCGAUACAUUGGCUUUACAAACAGCACCGGAUGCGUUUCAUUGGGCCAGGUUGCUUGUAGCAAUUCAAGAGAAUCUAUCAUGUUUUAAAAGUCUCAUGGAAUCAUUAAGUAAACGCCUAAAGUCUCUGACCCAAUCUUAUGACAAUAUUCGAUAUUCUCGCACCCUUCUUUUAACCUUUCACGGAACUGUGGCUGAUAUCAAAUUCGCGUGGGAACAUAUAUUUCCAUUACUUAAUGAUUACACUCCAUAUACGGGAUUUUCAUCACGCGCAAGAUCAAGUUCGCGAUCCAAUGGUGGUAGUAGUAAUACACCUCCCUAUUCUGCAGGGUCCCCUAAUGGUUCCUAUUUUAACGGGGCCAUCUCACCAUCCACUGCUGGAUUAUCGCCAUAUUCAGCUGGACCCUACUCUUCGUCUACUUUUAACAACGAAGCAUUGUUUCCUGUUACUAUGAUCGAACGGCUUUCGCCAUUAUCAGAGAGUUCUGUUAAGGCAGUAGAAAGCGUUUUAAAAUAUUUGGAUGAACAGAUAGGAAAUGAACUUGCUUCACCUAUUGAUGAAGAUGCAUCGCUACCGUUAUCUCCUGUAAGGAGCAAGUUGAAAGAAAUGAAAUUACACAUGAAGUGUGUAUCUGAGGUAACUGAGCGGUUAAAGAAAACACUGAUGGUUUUCAAAUUUUCCGCAGCACAAAAGGAAAACUUUAGUGCUCAACUUAAAUUAUACAAGGACACUAUCUCGUUCCUCCAGAUAACGGUAAAGAUGUCAACCAUGGCUAAAGAUAUUUCGCAAGAGUGGAAAUUGGAUAGCAAAAUUAUGUUAGGGUUGGGACAAGUGACAAAGUCUAAUAUAAAACUAGCCAACUUUUUACGUUCAGUGGAAGAAGUGCCAUCAGCAACGAACUAUGGAAAUUUUCCAAACCAGCUUUCACCGAAUUUAGUAACGACUCCCAAAAGAAAUGUUAAAAUUGAACGCGAGGAAGAUGAUGUUACAGGAGACAGAGAAUAUAAAUUAGAAAACAAUUAUAUGGUUAUUGCCAACGGGCCUUCAUUGAAAGUUGAAAAUGUUAUUGAUGGGAAUAAUAGAAAUGUCGAUAAU